UAUGUAUGUCGCGAGAGGUUUCUUUACAUAAAUUAAUGUCAUUCGACUUUACGUAGGGGGUUGAUUCUAUAAACUAACUGAAGUUAGGGUGGGGACUAAUAUUUCGAAUUGGUUUACCUUUUAUAUGGCACUUCGGCCCUAGUGCCCGUCACGGAUACAUGUUCAUGGUACCCCCUUUUAUUUUUUGUUCGUGUGACAAACUUUAAUAGUGAAUGUGUUUACCUACUUGUUAUAAACAGUGACAGUGCCUUUUUUAAAUUACGAGACCUCAAUUGAAAAAAAAAAUUGUAUGUCGCCUAAACAACAAAACAAUGACGACCUCAGUCACGUUGCCUUCAAACUCCGCACCACUCCACGGCGUUUAUCCUGCCGUACAAGAAGAGUCCAACGAGCAUCAGGACUUCGAACCCACGAAACCAACAAAACGAUGCCUGCCACCAUCGCCGGCGGAAUCCUGUAAAAAAAGACGUAAACAAUCGACUCCGGUGAGGAUUUCAGCUUUAGAUACUGAAGUCGCCACCGAAGGUAAGCCAUUGGAAAGGGUAGUUCAAGAGCACGAUUUGCGCUGUCCGAUUUGUCACUUGCCGUGUGAGACGACGGAAAAGCUUGAGAAUCAUGUUAGGCUUGAGCACUCGCUGGAGUGUAAGAAAGAGGUUGAAGAGGUGACGUCUUUAAUUCCUGAAAGGUCGAUUACACCUCGACAAGAACAGUUGCCGUGGAUGAACGAGAUGCCUAAUAAAGAAUGGUUAAAUCCUAACCUUUUAACGUUUCCCGCAGCCAAUCAUAUGUUUAUGUCCUUAACACAAUUUCCUCAACCGGAUGCUGUUCCACCGCGACAACCAAUAAGAAUUUUUAAUCCGGACGCUUACUGUGAGCUUUGCAAUAAAGAAUUUUGUAACAAAUACUUUUUGAAAACCCAUAAAGCGAAUAAACAUGGAAUCUAUACAGAUCCGCCGAAUACCGAAGGAGUUUCAACGCCGGUUACCGUUCCUAGUUUUGUUGGUGGGAGCGUUAAAUUACCAAGCAAUGUGCCAAUAGAUAUAAAAACCGAGCCCAAACCAGUUCUAAACAUGUUUUCCGAUUUAUUUGCAAACCCUUUUGCGAACAAAAUUUCCAAACCGAAUCUCCCACCCAAACGAGAUGUUCCAAAAGAUAUUGAAAACGACACUAACGGAAUAUCCACAUCAACCUUAGCAACUAUAUCAACAUUACCAACCUUACCAACACAUCACGAACCGGAGAAUAAAGAAUACGAAAGAAAUGAUGAACCAUCAUCAAGUCCAAACACGAAUAUGAUCAAAAAUGAGAUCAUAGAUACUGAUAAUAAUCUCUACUACUCCACCCCACCAUGUAAAAUGUCGCCGGGACAACAACAAGGAAGAGAACUUGAUUUGUCGAACCGAUUAAGAAGAAUCGGAGUUAUGAACCCAAAAGCUUUUUGCGAGAUUUGCUGUAAGGAGUAUUGUAACAAAUAUUUUCUUAGAACACAUAAAAUGAAAAGACACGGGAUUUAUAUACCGGAUGACGGCAAAGAUAGCAAAAUGGAUAAUUCAAACAUGUUGUGGCAUCAAAACGCGCAAACGAGUCCGCUAAAUUUAAUUAUGGCCGAACAAGCAAAUUCAAGCAUGCUUCAAGGUGAUAGAAAAACCUCAUCGCCGACGGAUAUUUCUUGCGAAUUAUGCGGUAUAAAAUUCCAAAACGCUUCGCUGUUGCAACUACACAACGUCAGCGUGCACGCCAAUCCGAAUUUGUCGAAAUUAAGCACUAACCAAGAAUCAUCCUCGAACGGCUCCGAAGAAGAAAAUAAACAAAUCGACGAUUCCAUCAAACCUAACGACACAAUUAGCGAAGAUUUACAAAAACUUCAAACGAUGAUUUUGCAAUUAAAUGAUUUAGACGUUAACAAUAAAACUAAUUGUAGUUGUACCGUGUGUGGCAAAGAAUUUGAAAAUCGUUACUUUUUACACGCUCAUAUGAUGACCGAACACGGUCUACUUCUCGAUGAUAUUCAACAAGACGUCGAGAAACCCAACGAACUCGGUGAAAACACCAACAAUAAUACUAUGUGUGAGAGUGUUCAAGAAAUGAAAAAACAAUUAAUGGAAUCUUCGAACGAAGUCAAAGAAGAUUUCAACGGAUUUACAACACCCGAAAAAUUAGCCCCGAGAGUACAUCAAGUAAAUCCAGAACGAAGACCUCCAAUGAAUAUGACACCCACGAGUAGUUAUUGUGAAAUUUGUAAUAAAGAAUUAUGUAAUAAAUAUUUUAUGAAAACCCACAUGCAAAGAAUGCAUGGAAUAGAAAUCGAAAACGGUGCUCAAAUUGGCGGAGUCAUUUGCGACAUUUGCAACAAAGAACUUUGUAGUAAAUAUUUUUUAAGAGUUCACAAACACAACACGCAUGGUAUUGUUGAAUACGGAUCAAGCCUGUUACAACCAAGAAAAGGAGAAGACCAGCCGCCCCCACCACCCAUCGAUGAUACCUCAUUAAAACCGACUGAUUUAGCCGAUUUAAGCCAUAGAUACUUUACGCAUUUCACCGAAGUUUGCGGCAUUUGUAGUCGGCGUUUUCGCAGCACAAAAUGGUUAAAAGCUCACUUAUUAAGCGAUCACGGACAAGCUGGGGUAGAUAAAUGGACGGAACUAGAACAACAACUCCAACACAGUUUGAACCAAAAACCCAGAACGCCUCAACCGGUUGAACGAGCAAGUCCAACAAUAAAAAUUCCUUCAAGUGGCCAAGAAAAUCUAAACCCAAACCCAAUCGGAAUCCAAAACGUCCUUUCAAGCAUCUUCGGCGACGACGAAUCAAACCUCAAAACAUACCAUUGUUCUUAUUGCCCCUUCACAACUCCGAUUUUGCCGUUUUUGUUCGUCCAUGAAAGAUCGCACAUGCAAAACACGGAGGCUGACUUCAAAUGUCCCGUUUGUGGACAAACCUUCCAUCAAUCCGAACUACUCCAACACCACGUUUUCACCCAACACCCCUUUUUCCCGCUUCCGCCAUUUUUUAAUGCAAACGGCGACGGGGAUCCGAAAGAUCCCGCGGAACUCGUUGAAGGGUUCUCAGAACCAGACACCGACGAUGCAAAAACGAAAACGAAAAAGUCGCGUCGUAAAACAUCAAAGAGUGAUCCCGAUGUUGGCUCGUCUUUAAAAGAUAUGGCUAAGAGAAGUCAACUUCCGGCUACUUAUGCGUUACCUCAAACGGAUGAUGCGUCAAAUUACGUCAUGCAACCAUUCACACUUGAAGAGGCGAGCCCCGAACGAAGGCUUUUACCAUCUUUAGUGUUCUUGCCGGUUUUACAAAAACAGUCAGCACCUAUUACGAUAACAUUUACACUCACGCCAGCAUAAGGAUUCAAGUCAGAAUUAUGUUGAGCGUAGUUAUUUUGUAACUUUGUAAAUUGAGAAAAAUUUUUAAUCAACAAAAAAUAUUUAUUUAAUUUUAUUAUUUUUUAAUUAAUUUUUUUAACAUAAUCUAGUCGUUUAUCUAGUCAUUUUAACCAACACAUUUUUAAUUAAAAAUUUUUUUUUAACGUUUACAA